AUGAGGCAAUUUCUGCGGCGACUCAAAGUUCCAGUCGAAGACCUAGAUCAUUCACCCGAACAACGCAUUCAAAGAAAGUCCUUUCCGUCCGGCAUCAAACUGUUCUAUAGCCCAGAUGAUGCAACUGUGGACAUCAUCUUCAUCCACGGUCUAACUGGUGAUCGCGAUGCUUUGUGGACAGCCCGUGACGCGACCGACCCCUGGCCGCAAACCCUCCUACCGUCCGUACUCCCGACAGCUCGCAUUCUUACGUUUGGAUACGACGCAUUUGUCGCUGACUGGAAAGGAGUUGUCUCGCAGAAUCGUAUUGCCAACCAUGCAUGGAAUCUGCUAACAUCUUUGUCAUCGUACCGAGGGGACGGCACGGCCUUGUUCACAGCGAGACAACGACCGGAGCAACACCUUUCCAGUAUCCUUCAUUCAACACGCGGUAUCAUCUUUCUCGGCACACCGCACCAUGGAUCUAGUCUUGCAAGGUGGGCUGGGGCCUUGGUCCAAGGCUUUAGAGCUAGGGCAGAAAGUGCUCAGCAGGAGCAUCCUGAUACGAUUUGGAAUAUGGCAAGACUUGCGACCACAUACCACGCACAAGGCCGAUAUGAUGAGGCUCAAUUGAUUCAUUUCAAGGUUUUGAAGCUUCGGCAGAAAGUCCUCGGCCAGGAGCAUCCUGAGACGAUCUGGAGUGUGGCACAAACUAGGAUCAAAUACCCCGGUGCACAGAACCGAGAUGAGGAGGCUGAAUCGAUUUGA